AUGGCAGGAAAGAGAAAGAAAGCCGACUCGGAAACAUCAUCAACCAAGAGUAAGAAGAAAAAGACAACAUCAGAUUCUGACUUGUUGGAAGUUGAUUCUAUUGCUCCAGAUUUUGAAGUAAAGGAUCAAGAUGGAGAAACUGUUAAACUCUCAGAGAUUAAAAAGACAGUGGUCCUAUUCUUCUAUCCUAAGGAUAAUACACCAGGUUGCAAGAAGGAAAAUAUUGCAUUCAGCAAGUAUUCUGACAAGUUUGAAAAGAAUGAUAUCAAAUUAUUGGGUGUUUCUACAGAUUCUGUCAAGAGUCACAAGAGUUUCUGUGAAAAGGCAGCUUUGAAACAUACCCUAAUUUCUGAUGCCGAUAGAGACAUUUUGGAAAAGUAUAAUGCUCAAUCUAAGAGAGCUGGAAGUAAAUCAGCACGUAGAAUAACCUAUGUUAUUGGAAAGGACAUGAAAAUUGUCAAGGUUUAUGGAAGUGUCAAACCAGAAACACAUGCAAAGGAAGUAUUUGAAGAUUUAGUAGGAAAGACAGAAAGUGAAGAUGAUUCUGAAGAAGAAGAAGAAGAUUCAGAUGAAGAAUAA